AUGGUGGACAGCACCCAUGAGGAGUUACUUCCGCGCCCAAUACAAGAGGAAGGUCAACAGAAAAUGGCUGAGACACUUAAAAGGCUGGAAGAAAUUCUACUCCAGACACAGGGACGUGGAAUUGCGGAGAGAAGCAAAUUUCACCUUAUCACCAGUGCCUUAGCAGCUGUGGCAUGUGGAAGCUGGUCUUGGAUCAGGUUUUGGAUCUUUUUUCUGUGGACAGCCUUCACUGAUGUACUCAAGACUAUGAAAGAAAUACCGAAAGAAAGCCGCGCGCAGUUAGACAAGAUGAAAAAGUAUCUGGGGGAAGUAAAGUGGAACCUCGAGAAGGUGCUUCAUGACACGACAAAAAUGCAAGAGAAGGUAUUGCUGGUAUUUUUUGUUUUUCUGUUUUACUUGUAGGUUACAGUAAAAACAUUAUGGAAAAAAUAGCUGACGAAUUUGUGUGUGUAAUCAAAUGUGUGGACAAGUGAAAUUAGGGAAUACUUUCAUAUAAGAAUUUGGACAGAACACAAGUUAAAUUAUUCCUCCAGUUUCACUAGUACAAUUGUAUACCAUUUGAUUACAGUUUGAAUACUAUGGUCAAAAAAUGUAUAAGCUCACAAAACGGGGGAUUUUGGCACCGUAGAAAAAAAAACACGAUUAUAACAAUAUCGCUAUUUCACGUGUACAUUUAUAAAUUAAGGCUGAAACUUCGAGCCAAAAUUAAGGAGUGAUUUGUUACCCAUGAUAUUAUUUAUACAUUUAUUCAUCUACUAGACAAUUGAUUAAUUUGAACACCUGGUAGAAUAAAGUCCUUGUCGGAGCUGAGGUUAUCAUUACGACAAGCGUUAAGUUAUUUUAAGUAUAAGAAUAAUUAAAUGAAAACAUUUAUCAUGGAGUAUGCAAGCUAACAAAUGCGCAAAUAAGGCAAAUAGUGUGCUUGGAUUCAUUAGGCGAACGGUGGGUCCUAAAAAUCCUCAGUUGUUUUCAAAACUUUAUAAGAGUCUAGUACGUCCGAUACUCGAGUACUGCUCUCCAGUUUGGUGUCCGCACCUUAAAAAAGACUUAAAACACCUUGGAGAAAGUACAACGUGGAGCAUCUAAAUGCGCCCUUGGAAAUGUUGGGCAAGACAUGCCUUACGAAGAACGCCUAAAGCUCCUUAAAUGGCCAUCACUUGAACAAAGAAGAUUAUUUUCGUCGCUUAUCGAGUGUUAUAAGACAAUAAAUAGACUUAAUGGACUUGAUCCCUCGGCAUUUUUUACAUUUGCACAUGAUUUUCGGCCCUUAAGAGCCAACCAUCGUUUUAAACUUAAGCUUACAUCAGCAACUUUAAAUAGUUUUAAACAUUCUUUUUUUAUACGCAUAAUAGAUAAGUGGAACAAUCUUCCAAAGGAAGUUGCUGAGGCGGAGAAUUUGAAUAUUUUCAAGAACAGACUGAGACGUUAUCUUAUAGAUUUUUCUAGUGAACACUAAGUUCUUUUACUGUGUGAUGUUUUAUAUACAUAUAUAGUUACUAUUUUAAACUGUUGUAAAUAAUUUAUUUCGUAAUGUAUUUUAUUAUCAGGAGAUAAACUAGAAAGGGAUAACCUCUUUUAUCUCCUUUUCACUUUUUCGAUUUGGAUUUGUGAAUAAACAGUUAUUAUUACUAUAAAGCGCAUACCAGUGCGAUAUGGGAUAGAAUUUUACUGCAAAGUUCAUUGUUAGGGUUUAUUGUACUAGAUUUGAGCAAUCCUAGCGGAUAUAUAAAAUAAAAGCACUUCUACGACUCCAAACCGUCCCCAAGAAUGAGCUUGAAAGGAAACCAUAACUCGGAGCGACGUACUUCAAUGGGGAAGGGGAUGGCCUUUGUCACGGCGUUUUGACAGACCCGUUUAUUUUAAAAUGCAUUUCAGAGCACUUUUUCACGCGAAAAUGAAAGAUCCGUUCCUUCUAUUAACACAUUAAGUAUAAGAUAGAAAAACGGAAACCUAAACAUCCUUAAAGGUCAAAAACUCCAUUUUAACGUCUGAAGCUGGGUUUUGUUGAAUGGUUUGUGGGACUUUUUAGAGCCAAGAUCGUUCUAAAAAUAAACUAAUUGAAGAAAGUGCCUUGAGACGAAUACAGGGAAGUUGCCAUCUCAAGGUAAUGGGCUCCUGGUGUUAACAUUAUUAUGGCCACAGCCUCAACAAAAACAACAACUACUUUAUUAACAUUUCUCUUAUCUUUUUUAGUUACAUUGUAUAAAUAUUCUUUAAAAUACAUAUCUGUUUUUUUUUUUUUUGGAAAAAUUUAAGGUAACAAAAAAUAUAAGCAUAAAAGAAGGAAGUGCCUAGAGCCUAAAUGAACCGCGAGGUUUUCGAGCUAGACUCUAGACUUAUAAAUAUGUUUUUUUUAUGUAGUUAGACUCACAAACAAACACACAAGCAACAGAAUAAAAUGAAUAAAUAACGAAGCAUAAGCAAAGAACAGUAAAGGCAGAGUAAAAGAGGGAAAAAAAGAAAAAGAAAAGAAAGAAAAUGCAAGUGCACAGCACAGCGUAAAGCAGAAGCAUAGAGGAUAUAUUAACGCGCGAACAAACGAAGAAGAGGUAGCUAAUUUGUGUCAGAUGUCAGAAGAAGCAUAUUACUUAAUUAACAAGUGUUGUUGAAAAGAGCAGCACUUACAAUAGGUGUUUGAAGUCAAAGGGUAGUUCCUUCCAGAGGUCUACUUCGAUGCAGAUAUCGUUUGUUUACCAGUAUUUGUUCUAAAGGAGAUCAUAUUGAUAUAGAUUGUCUUUUGAAGCAUAUCUAGCGUUAAAGGAGUUGUUUUUUCUGAUGUAUUGAAAGCAACUGUGAAAGAUUGAUUGGAACUCUUGUUUGUGCCAUUUAUGGGAAAAUUUUAAUGUUUGAAGUUCGCAAAUAUGUUCAACAGUUAGAAUGUCACGAUCGGAAGAUUUAUUAAUGGGCAAGGGGCUUUCUGUAUGUUUCCCUUACAAUGUGGAAAAAAUAUUAUCCUUGCAAUGUGGUUUUGUUUGACCUGGAGAAUUUUUAUACUGGACUUGUAGGCACUGCCCCAAACAAUGAUAGCAUGACGGUGAGAUGGGAAUAGAUUAGGUUAUAUUAUUGCCCUAGUUGAAAUGGAGAGAAGUUACGAAACUUGAAGAAAAUUCCAGAAUUUCUAGAUAUACGUGAAGAAAAAAAAGAAAUGUGGUACUUCCUGCUUAUUUUCAGUCAUCUGUCAUGACGCCAAGGUAUUUGGCGUGGUCGUUCUGUUCAAGAGAAGAAAUGGUGUCUUCAUUGGUUGGAAAGAUAAAUAAAUAAAUAAUGAUUUGGAGGUAGCACAUCCACAAACUGGUUCUUCGUCUACCUGACUCCCGGUCAAAUUGGAAUUUGGAAAUGCUGGUUUUUGAGGAGAGGGGAAAACUGGAGUACCUGGAGAAAAACCUCUCGGAGCAAAGGAGAGAACCAACAACAAAAUAUUAUGUUUAAUGGUGUGUUUCAUUUUUCAUGGGCUGUCUUAAUUAACAUGAAGUUUGUUUUCUUAGGGUUUAUAGAGAGCUUAUUAAUGUCGCACCAAUUCUUUACAUUUUGUGUCUUGAUUCGUGGUAGUCUUAAGUUCUUUCGGAUUUAGAAGUGGAGGAAAGACGCUAGUGUCGUCUGCAAAUAGCCGGAAGGAGAGUUUAGUUGAAGAACUGAGCUUAUGUUGAAGAACUAAUGAUAUCAUUUCAACAGCGAUCGAUACUCGCCCCUCUUCAUUUCCAUGGAAGAACGUAACUGCUUCCACAGCUUUCUUAGAAGUCUGAAAACUUUAAAGAUCUUUGGAGCAUUAGUGGAAUCUAAAAAUUUGUUUUUAGCAAGUUACUUUUAUUGUUUCGCUGUAUGGGGAAACUCAGUUAAAUCAAACAUACAUAACUGAGCUUCAAUUAGUGCAGAAUUUCGCUGCCAGGAUCGUUUUCUGGUUAAAGUAAUUUGAUCAUGUUUCUGAGGGGUCGUAUUUUCUAAAAUGGUUGAAUGUUUCAAUGAUUUAGUUUCAGUUUUUUAAUGUCUAAAUCGGUCUAGCAAAAGAAGGUCUGGAAACUUGCGACUUCCAUGCUGCCGGCUGUCUUGUCGAGGCUUUUUCUUUCUCGGGGCUAAACGGUGGAAUGACCUGCUAAAGGACCUUCAGAGCAUUAAAGGUAUCAAGCUUUUUAAGAAAAGAUUAUUUAAUUGUAUAUUUAACGAAUAGAUUACAUGAGCAGGAAUUUCUUUAUCUAAUUUAUUGUUUAACAGUGUAUUCUAAUGAAUACACUAGACAGUUUGGCUUUUUAGAUUUUAGAUUUUAUUUCUGCACAUUUCACGUAAUUAGUAGAUUGUGUCUGAAAAGCCCUGUAAAGGGAGACUCAAUAAAAAGACUGCAUCAGUAUAUGCGAAAGCAGGUCAGUCAAUCAAUCAAUCAAUCAAAAACUUGUUUUCACUUCGAAUUUCAAAAGAUAGCAUAAACUCAUGCUAAUAUCUCUGAAGGAAAAGCAACAUAAAUAGAAAAUAAAUGAAAACGGUAAUUAGAAUAAAGUGAUGCUAUAUAAUUAUUAUGUACAAAUUUAAGAUAACGUAGACAAGAAAAAUAUUAUAUACAUUGUGGCUACAGAGACUAGUGAUGAUUAAAACUAAUUACAAAGGAGCAGCAUUUAUUAUCAAAGCUAAUGCUCUUAAUUUUUUAUUUGAAAACAUGUAAUGACUCAGCAGUUCUAAGUACCUCUGGGAGCAUAUUCCAAUAUUUGGUGACAGAGUAAUGAAAGGAGUGCAAACCAUAUUUGGUCGAUUGAACUCUAGGAAUACUAAGAGAGUGUUUACCAUGCAAAUUGUAAGAAGAAUUUUUUUCUAUCAGUAGCUCGUUAAUAUAACUAGGUGAAUGAUAAAUUUCAAUUUGCCCCCAUCCUCUUUCCUCUUUAGAGGCACCGGCUGGGUAUUCCAACAAAAUAAAAAUGACAAAAAUAUAGAUAAGCGCGCGGUGGACGAUGGGAAGAGAGGAAAGGUCUCUGCUUCCUUUCUUUUUCCCUUCCCAUCCUUACCUGCGCUCUUUUAGGUUUCCCCUUUCUACCGCCUCUGAGGAGGAGAGAGUGCUCCGUCAUUUUUCCAAAUGGCGAUGAACGAAGAGGAAAAAACACGCAGGCUUCAUUAGCCAAUAGUUUAAACCUUUAAUUUUUUUUUCAAAGAUAUUUAUCAGUAAUGAUUAAGACCUCAUACUCUUUGUUUCUUUGAAAAUUAUGUAGAUCCAGACUGCUGUUAAAAGAAACUACAGAAUCUCGCGUAACGAUGACCUGGAAAUAGAAAUGGGACUUAUCAAUUGCACAUGUGUUCUGGCUGCAUGCCAAGAUGCUCUGAUGUAUUUAAGAGCUGACAUCGCUGAUCUGCAGGAUGAAGUAAAACGAACCCCUACUCAUAUUCUUAAGCAAGUGGUCAUCAUUAUUAGUUUACUCAUCGCAGCUGAUUUAACUGUUGGCUGUAAGUUCAAUUUGUUCCCUUGUAGACGUUUUUAAGACUUGGGACAUUCUAACCCUUUGUAAGCUUUAAAGGUACGGAGUAAGGUGCCAGAGGAUCAGGGGUUUUAUUAUUCAUUCAAAAUAUAUUUACGCCUCUGAUUUGCUCAAAUCGUCCUGUUAUUUAUCAACGGAACAUUACAAUUUAAAAUAACGGAUAGCUUGCAAUAUGAUACUAUUAUAACAUGUUGCAAUAAAAACGGGAAAAAGUGAAGGUUAAAAGCAUAUGAACACAAAAAGCAUUGAAACUGUUAUUUAUGCGUGUUACUUUUUACUAAAUUUGGAAGACGAUUGCAAUAUCCGGGAACGAAAAGGCGUGAAUAUAGUGCAGGAGAAUGCCAGAAAAAUGCAAAGCAACCGAGGAGACCUGGGGACCGAUGA